CUGAGCCGGUCACAGGUCGCUCCCAGGGCCCUGGCCACUCCCUCCCUCUGACCUCACGACCCCUCCCGCAGCUGGUGAAGUCCAGACAGUUCCCGGCGGCCCUCGCGGGGGACAGGUGAGCCGCCCGCAGGGCCCCUCCUCCCCAGCGCCUCCCAGAUGGGCAGUGGGAGGCUCCGGAAGCUGUGUCCAGGCUCUGAACUGCCCUAGGUCGGCAGACUGGCUGGGGGUGGGCUGCCGAUAUGUCUCAGUCGCUGGCCUUUGUCCUCAAUGUCCCUGAGACCCCAGAGGACGCCGAGGAGAGCCAGGAGCCCAGCCCCUAUGAUGAGAGCGAAGUGCAUGACUCCUUCCACCAGCUCAUCCAGGAGCAGAGCCGCUGGGUGGCUGAGGAGGGGCUGGAGCUGCAGCAGAGGGAGCCGGGGACUGCGUCCCUGGGGACCUCAGGCGAUGACCACCAGGCCUCGCUGGGGCCCGAGGGCGCCCCCGUCUACAGCACGGCCACGCUUCGCAUCUUGGCCAGCAUGCCCAGUCGUACCAUCGGCCGGAGCCGCGGCGCCAUCAUCUCGCAGUACUACAACCGCACGGUGAGGCUGCGCCGCCGGGCCAGCCAGCCCCAGCCCAGGGACGUGGGCCGCUCAGCUCGGCCCAGCCUCCGCAUGUACGACCUGGAGCUGGACCCCGUGGUCCUGGAGGAGGAGGAGAAGCGCAGCCUGCUGGUGAAGGAGCUUCGGGGCCUGACGGUGGCCCAGCGGGACCACAUGCUCCGGGGGAUGCCGCUGAGCCUGGCGGAGAAACGCUGCCUGCGAGAGGAGAGCCGGCCCCCGCGGGACAAGCAGAGGGCCCAGCGGCGCCGUGGGCUCCUGUCCUGCUGCAGCCAGCUGCGCGACAGCUGCAUCCUGGCCUCGCACCGCCUGGGCCUGGCGCUGCUCUCGGGACUGCAGGCCCUGAUACCCUGGCGCUACGCCCUGAAGCGGAUCGGGGGCCAGUUCGGCUCCAGCGUCCUCUCCUACUUCCUCUUCCUCAAGACCCUGCUGGCCUUCAACGCCCUGCUGCUGCCGCCGCUGCUGGCCUUCAUCGUGGGCGUGCAGGCCGCCUUCCCGCCCGCGCCCGCGGGCCCUGUGCCCGCCUUCACAGGCCUGGAGCUCCUCACGGGUGGGGGCCGCUUCAGCCACACCGUCAUGUACUACGGCUACUACAGUAAUGCCACACUGAACCAGCCGUGUGCCUCCCCACUGGAUGGCGGCCAGUGCACUCCUGAGGCGGGCAGCCUGCCCUACAACAUGCCCCUGGCCUACCUCUUCACCAUGGGGGUAGCUUUCUUUAUCACGUGCAUCACUCUGGUGUACAGCAUGUCCCGCUCUUUUGGGGAGAGCUACCGUGUGGGGAGCACCUCGGGAGUCCACGCCAUCACCGUGUUCUGUUCCUGGGACUACAAAGUGACUCAGAAAUGGGCCACUCGCCUCCAGCACGACAACAUCCGAACUCAGCUGAAGGAGCUGCUGGCCGAGUGGCAGCUGCGCCAGCGGCCGUGGACCGCGUGCGGGCAGCUGCGGCGGGUGGCCGUGCUGGGGCUCGUGUGGCUGCUGUGCCUGGGGACCACGAUGGGCUGCACCGUGGCCGUCUACACCUUCUCGGAGCUCCUGCUCAAGAGCCCCGUGUCUGCUGAGCGGGAGGGGCCACUGCUGGCACUGCCCCUGGUGGUCUGCCUCCUCAACCUGGGGGCCCCCUACCUGUUCCGCGCCCUGGCCUCCCUGGAGCGGCACGACUCCCCCGUGCUGGAGGUGUACGUGGCCAUCUGCAGGAACCUCAUCCUCAAGAUGGUCACCCUGGGGAUCCUUUGCUACCACUGGCUGGGCCGCAGGGUGGGCACCCUGAAGGACCAGUGUUGGGAGAACUUUGUGGGCCAGGAGCUGUACCGGCUCAUGGUGAUGGACUUCAUCUUCACGCUGCUGGACACGUUUUUGGGGGAGCUGGUGUGGAGGCUUAUCUCUGAGAAGAGGCUUCAGGGGAAAGGGAAGCCUGAGUUCGACAUUGCGGGGAAUGUUCUGGAGCUGAUUUACGGGCAGACCCUGACCUGGUUGGGGGUCCUCUUCUCCCCGCUUCUCCCCACCAUGCAGAUCAUCAAGCUGAUGCUUCUCUUCUCCAUCAAGAAGACGAGCCUGAUGGCCAACUGCCAGGCGCCCCGCAGGCCCUGGAAGGCUUCCCACAUGAGCACCGUCUUCAUCUCGCUGCUCUGCUUCCCCUCCUUCCUGGGAGCUGCCAUCUUCCUCUGCUACGCCAUCUGGCAGGUGAAGCCCUCGAGCAUCUGCGGCCCCUUCCGGACCCUGGACACCAUGUAUGAGGCGGGCAAGGUGUGGGUGCGCCGCCUGGAGAAGGCGGGCCCCAGGGUCUCCUGGCUGCCCUGGGUCCACCGGUACCUGGUGGAAAACACCUUCCCCAUCUACCUGGUGUCGGCCCUGCUGCUGGCUGUGAUCUACCUCAACAUCCAGGUGGUGAAGGGCCAGCGGAAGGUCAUCUGCCUCCUCAAGGAGCAGAUCAGCAAUGAGGGGGAAGACAAAAUCUUCUUAAUCAACAAGCUUCAGCGUGUCUACGAGAGGAAGGAGAGGAGCAGGGUUGGUACAACCGAGGAGGCUGCGACAUCCCCAGCCCUCUUCACAGAUGACUGGAAUGCCCAGUAGGACAGCACUGGUUCUGGCAGCCCUGGACCCCCGUCACCCUCGGUUCCCAUGGCCCUGCAGGCACAGAUGCCGCCUGGAGAUGGCUGCGCUGGGACACAGGGAAGGUGACGGAACUCCGCCUUCUGUCCCAGCCUGGAGCACCCGCAGUGAACCCUGCCUGGGAUUCUUAUUUAUUGUAAUUAAACACAUUUUGCAAAAUG